CCCGGAAGUUGCGGCGGGUCGAACUCUGCUUCGAUUGGCUCGUGUUGUUGGACGUGAGAGCUAACAUGUAAAGGCUCAGAAAGUUGACACGGGGAAAAUGGAAUUUCAUAUUAUUCUAUGUUUUCUCUUCGUUGCACUGACCGCUGUGUCCUCCGAAGACGAUGGACAGGUGGUCUUCGUCAAGGAGCUGUCGUCCAAGCCGGCCCAGAAGCUGUCCCGGUACGGCUGGUUCGGCAGCGCCCGGCUGCAGAGGUUCGUGAUACCGGAGGACGCGGCCGUCGCGCGGUGGCGCUUCACGGUCACCAAGGGCCACAGAUUCCCCGGCUUCUGUGGAGAGCACAAUGUGACCAUUCAUAUCCGGUGGGGCGCGCCCCCGGUCGUUAACCCUGUGGGCCAGAUGUUUCCCAACGACACAGCGUGGAGCCCCGCCCACUCUCUGCACCUGCCGGUGACCUCUCAGGCCACGGGGACCUUUAACCUCUCGGACCCCAGCCCUGGGGAUUGGUAUGUGGCCGCACACCUGCCCAGAGAUGACGGGCGCAUCGAACAGAAGGGCUUUCCGUCCUGCUCCUACUACUUCCAGCCCCAUCUGUCAAUCAGGAGGGCCGUGGACACGCCUAUCCUCCAGCCGACCUCCGGUCUUCCUCAGGCCGCCGCCCCGGACCGACCUGCUCGGCUAAAAUUGUUUGUUCCGGAGUUUGUCUCCUCUCUGUCGGUGUCUUUGACGGACUGCCACUCGCAGACGGACCCGGGUGAAGAGGCGUGUCCGUUGGUCUUGAGACUUGGCUCCGCCUCUGCUUUGAAAGAGGGUCUUGUGACGGUGAACUGCUCGACCAAUGGCUGCUCUGUAACACUCCUGGCCCCGCCCUGGCACACCUGGCUCCGCGUUGUUGUGGAGAGUAACCGUGAGAACCACACAGUGACCUUCAACGUCUCUUCAAAUUACACAGUGAGCUGCAAGCCACAAAGCGUGGGCCUGUCGCCGGACAUCAUCGCGACCCACGGCAACAGCAGCGACCGCAACGCAACACUGGCGGGCAACCGCACUGCGGCCGCAGAGGGGGACCCCCCGGGCGAGCGGUCCGCGGCGGGAGCGCUGUCGCCGGGGUGCGUGUGGGACGUCCCAGUGCUGGCGGAGGAGCUGGACGUGCUGUCUGUUCGCUUCUCCCCGGCGGGCGGCCCUAACGUGAGCGUGGCGCGCUCCAACCCCACGCUGCUCAGCUACCCCCUGCACACCCUCACCAGCGGGGGCACGCUCAGCCUGCAGCUCACACUGAACACUACCAGUACCUCCCUGGGGAACAGCAGCAGUGUGGCAGCCUGCCUCUCGCCCUGGGCUCCGGUCCUCGGUCUCAGCGGCUCCCAGCCCUGUCAGACAGCCUUGUUCCCAGGUUACCGUCUCCAUGUAAACAGCAGCUCUCCCAAGGCUGUGAUCAGGCUGCCCUUUCCCCAGGCCGCUACGUGGUACCUCUCUCUGCAGCUCACCUGCAACAGCAGUGGUUGCGGUAACGUGUCGGUGGUUUCCGUGGUGCCUGAGGUGUCAGUCAGUGCGUGUGUGGAGGACUGCGGGACCUACGGGGAGUGCAGGCUUCUGCGCUCAAACACCUACCUGUACGCUGCAUGCGUCUGCAAGGCUGGCUGGAGCGGGUGGGGCUGUACGGACGGCUCGGCAGCGCUGUCGUACGGGCGCCAGGUGACCGCCACCCUACUGCUCACGCUCAGUAACCUCCUGUUCCUGCCUGCCAUCGUGGUGGCGGCGCAACGCUGCUACGUCACGGAGGCCUCCGUGUACCUCUUCACGCUGUUCUUCUCCACGUUCUACCAUGCCUGCGACCAGCCUGGCGUGGCCGUGAUGUGCAUCAUGGACUACGACACCCUGCAGUUCUGUGACUUCCUGGGCUCCGUGUGCUCCAUCUGGGUCACCCUCCUCUGCAUGGCCCGUGUCCGCGACACUCUCAAAUAUACUCUGUUUGUGCUGGGGGCUCUGCUGAUAGCGAUGUCCAUGCAGUUGGACCGCCGGGGGCUGUGGAACAUGCUGGGCCCAGUGCUCUGUGCAGUGCUGGCCCUGGUCAUCGCCUGGGUGUACCGGGGCGUGCGGCGGCGCCACUGCUACCCCCCGUCCUGGCGGCGCUGGCUGCUGUACCUGGUGCCCGGCCUGCUGUGCGCGCUGGUGGGCGUGUGCGUGUACAUCUUCGCCGAGACGGAGGACAACUACCUGUACACCCACUCCGUGUGGCACGUGCUGGUGGCCCUCAGCGUGGUGUUCCUGCUGCCGCCCCGCGAGAGGAGCAGGGAGGCCUGGGGCUGGAGUCGCGGCUGGGCGGGCUCCUGGAGCCCCCGCGUCUGUGGCUACACGCUGUGCCACGGCAGCAAGGAGGAGCUGUACACCGUCAGCUAGCUGCCACGCACACGCACACGCACACACACGCACACACACACACACACACACACACACACACACACACACACACACACACACACACACACACACGCGCGUCUCUAGAUUCAGAGACGUGUCAACAUAUGAUGACACAAAUAUCUAAACACACACAUACAUUCAUCAUUAAGUAGCUUAAGAAUGUUAUGAACAGCAAUGUUUGACUUAUGUCUUUUUGGAUAUCUUUAUAGAGAGUACAGUUAUAUUUAUAUGAGGCGAAAUAUUCAUUUUCUUUCCGACCUUCUGCGUUUGUGUUUUUGUUUUUUUUGCCGGGCAAAAUUCCUGAAUGGUUCACCAAUGUUUUUAAGGUCCCUGCAAGCAUGUCUGCUGCAAAUAAUUAAUACCGCAAACCUCAAAUGCUACGAGGUUAGCAUUGAAUCACUCCUCAAGCACCUUUUUUUUGUAUUUGUUUAAUGCACUUCUUAUCUCAAUGGUCAGCUGCAAUCAUCAGGCGUCCAGUGACUUUAAAUCUAGUUUUAGAUUACAUUUUUCUUGAAUCAAGCACUUUGGAUGAUUGUGAGGCGAAAGGUGCCACUAUAGCAGUCCUGCUGGGUCGUUGCAGAUGCAGGUGUCCGCAACGUCACAGAUGAAUGUAUCUUAUCUCUAUAGCAUUGUCCCACGCCUCCCCGCCUUUUUAGUGUGUGUGUGUGUGUGUGUGAGACUGUACAGAUUGUAUAAGUAAAUCAACGCCCUCUACUCUGAACCAGGGAGGUUGUGGUAGCCUCCCUACACACUGCUUUAGGCUCUUCAAUUGAUCUAUCUACUGUCAGUGGUGAUGGGUUCUGAUUCUGUACUGUAUUAUUUUACCUCAAGUUGAUUUCUUAUUUUUAUUGUGACAUAUGUUCAAUCAAACGAGAUGCACACUUCCACUUUGAAAGCCUUUCUCGAAUUGCUGUUAUUAUGUUAUUUUUGUUGUGUGUGCGAAGGUUUUUUCUUAUAUUUUCUUUCGUAGCGUGAGGAAUAUCUAAAUCUUCAAGAUGUCUUCUUUCACGAGCUCCAGUAGCGCCCCCCAGCGACUGCCAUUUACCAUCUCAACAUUUACCUUAAAACGCUCCACUUUAAUGUGCACUACUCAGCAAUGUCCCGCCUGAAUUCAGACGACCAAAAAUAUAAAAUCUUGAAUUUCAAAUAA